AUGGAUUGGUCGCAAGACGAAACAUUUAAGUUCAUAGAACUAUUUCAAAAAGAACGAAUAAUUUGGGACCCUAAACAUAAAUGCCACAAGAACAGCCAAAAAGUUAGCGAUGCAUGGGCGAGAUUGUCCGAAAUAAUGGGAAGAUCUCAAACAGAAUUAAAAAACAAGAAAAAUUCUCUCAUGGCUACAUUUCGCCAGCUACUCCGGCGCAAAAAACAAUCAGUAAGGUCCGGCGCAGGAGAAGAUGAUAUUUACAAGCCAGUGUGGUUGUAUUACGAUGCUAUGGAAACAUUUUUGGCAUCCAUUUACGAGUGUAACACCACAGUGAGCACUGAAGAAAGACAAGACGUAAGUAAAAUAAAACUAAGUACAUAUUUGUUUAGUUAG